GGGGGACCGAGGGAGAGAGGUGGAGGUAAGGAGACUCGGUACCCGGGGCCAGGAUUCCUUACUCCUAUAUAAGACGUGCCACGUCGUAUUUUGGAGUAUUAUCGUACUGACUUCAAGCCAGACGGACACACGAGCUACAACAUGUUCAAGCUGCUUUGCUUCCUCGCCUUCCUGGCACUCGCCGCGGCUGCGCCCGCGCCCGCACCAGCGCCCGCUCCGGGUGCGAUCAUCGGCGCCCCGUUGGUCACGUCCUACAGCGCGCCCUUCGUCUCCGCGCCGUUGGCCUACAGCGCCUACAGCCUGCCGACUUACAGCGCGUACUCGGCGUACCCGGCCUUGCCGUACGCGUACAAGAGCUACGCGGCCUACAUCGCCUAAGAACUGACCGGCAAGCUGGGACCGACCAUCAGGACCAACCUCGUAGGACCAUCAGCCCACCAAUCGAUCGAUCUAGCACGCGGGCCGCGGGAGAUUCCCUCCACCGAUCAUCGGACAUCAGCCUCGCGUCUCAGCCUCUUCAUCCUCCCCCGUGCCCACCAAACCUCCCUCCCCCGCUCCUCCCGGACCCCUCUUCAGCCGUUCGAAUAAUCCGCAUUCGCAUUCAUGAGACUCAGGAUCAAUAAAACCGCUUAAAAGCAG